CCUCGGAAGCUGGGUGACAACCACGGUGCUCUCUGUGCCCUCACCCCAGUCCCUCUACUGCUAACACAGCCCCAGGCCAAGAACAUGGACAAGCUGCUGCUUCUGGUCUCUGCCCUUGCCAGUCUCCUGGGGGCCUUUGCUCGCACAGACCUCAGGGGUAAGAUAUUUGUCUUCCCUCAAGAAUCUUCUACUGACCAUGUGACCUUGACUCCAAAGAUGGAGAAGCCUCUGAAGAGCUUUACCUUGUGUUUCCGAGCCUACAGCGACCUGAGCCGUGCCCACAGCCUCUUCUCCUACAAUGCCCGGGGCAAGGACAAUGAGAUCCUUGUCUUCAAGGAAAGAGUUGGGGAGUACUCCCUGCACAUUGGAAAAACCAAAGUCACCUUCAGAGUUGCCGAGGCGUUUCCCAGCCCCACGCACAUCUGUGUUACCUGGGAGUCUUCCACAGGCAUUGCUGAGUUUUGGGUCAAUGGGAAACCACUGGUGAAGAAGGGCCUGAAGCAGGGCUACUCAGUGGCGACUCAGCCCAAGAUCAUCCUGGGGCAGGAGCAGGAUUCAUAUGGAGGGGCGUUUGACGUGAACCAGUCCUUCGUGGGGGAGAUCGGGGACUUGUACAUGUGGGACUCCGUGCUGUCCACAGAACAGAUCCUGUCUGUGCAGCAAGGAUCCUACCUCCUUGAUCCCAACGUGCUGGACUGGAGUGCUCUGGACUAUGAGAGUCAAGGCUACGUGGUCAUCAAGCCCCUGGUCUGGGACUGAGGUCUUCAGUCAACAGGAGCCUCUGA